AUGGAAUCAGAAUUCACAGCUUUAGAUAAAGUUGGGGAAGAAGCCGAAUGGCUUAAAAACUUCCUUGAGGACAUUCCAGGUUGGUUUAAGACAAUGCCACCAGUGAUGAUUCACUGUGAUAGCCAAGCCGCUAUCGGGAGGGCGAACAAUGACUUAUAUAACGAUCUCAAGGAGAUUGAGUUCUCAAAGAGACCGAGUAGGGCAAGAUACUCGAGCGGGAAUCACCUAUAUGCAAGUCAUACAACUGAAGAUGUGAUUGAGUCCAAUAUCAUUGACACUAUUCAGCUGUCUUCAGCCGCAACUGAUGAUGAUGAAAUCGAUUUAAUCAAGAAAGAUUUGAUUGUGACAACGAGGGAGAAGGUAGAGCAACAGAGAAUCAUGGGCUCUAAUGACUCUAGUUCAAGAUCCAAUUCCACUAAGAAGAAGCAUCUCAUGGUAGGGUUUGAUGAUGUGCUUCUUUGGCUCCUAGAUAGGCUUACCGAUGGAAACACCAAUCGCCAAAUAAUCCCUAUCGUAGGGAUGGGUGGAAUCGGCAAAACCACUCUUGCAAAAGGUGCAUUUCAACACAAGCUCAUUAAGGAUCAUUUUGAUAUUUGCGCGUGGGCUACCAUUUCCCAAGAUUAUCAUAUAGUAGAAACUCUUAGGGAAGUUCUCACUCUAGUAGGAAGAUCCUCGAGUAGUAGUAUGGAUGAGAAAGAAUUGGAAGUAAGAUUACACAAGUGCUUAUGGGGUAGGAGGUAUCUCAUUAUAUUGUAUGAUAUGUGGAGCAUAGAUGUGUGGGAUAGGUUGAAUUUUUCCUUUCCUGAUUGUAGUAAUGGUAGUCGAAUGGUAGUAACAACGAGGAUGUCGAACUUGGCUGCCCGCUUAACUGACUCCUAUAGCAUCUUUAAGAUGAGAUUUCUAGACGAGGUUAAUAGUUGGACUUAG